UUCAACUACCCAGGUAAAAAUGGCUUCUUUCCAUGAUGCACAAGAGUUCCGGGGUAACCAAGGUGAAGACGAAGAGGUUGAUGUGAUAUCCGUGGAGCCUAUCGCGAUGAUAGUGCCGCCGGAGUUGCAGGAUUCGCCCAGAACCACCAUGCCGGAGAGUAGCCCCAGUUCAAGCGUGGGUGGUGGUUCUGAGAGCCACCGGUCGUCAACCUCUUGUGAUUCGCCCACGGAAGAGACACCCAGUGGAGCGGAGGGUGUUGAGGAGGUUGGCUGCAAUGCACCGGUGACGAGUGCAGCAGUGGAGGUGGCGGUGUUCGAAGGGUGGGAGAGCAAGGUUUUGAGUGGACAACUGGACAAUCUUUGUAAGGCUCCAAAAACCCUCCCGGCCGGCUUCAAGUUCAAGGCGGUGCUGCACCACGAGGUUGCAGAUGAUGCGGCCACAGUGAAGGGAUAUAAGAAGCUGGAAGAGAUGGUUGGGGAUGUCUGCAAGGGCGGUGGUUUUCAAGUCACUCUUCUUGUGCCGGCUGUGUCCCUCCACCAACGGUAUGAGAUGUUGACAAUUGGUGAUGUUGAGCUGAAGAACCGGUUGCUCAACUAUGUGAAGGCGAGGGGGUUGGUGGAUUUGGAAGCCUUGGUUACCCCGGAGCAGAUCGCACUUCGUGGGUUUGUCGACGUGGCAAACCUACACUCUCAAGGCAACGUCAGCGAGCUCAAGGCUCAAGGAGCUAAGGAGCUGGGUCUGGUUCCCAUCGUCAGUCCCGCUUUGACGAGCGGGCACCUGCUGCACCGGGGCACAGCUCUCAGCACCAGAGUUCCAGCUCGGCACAGAGGCCGCGUGUCGAGCAACGAGCAGAGCCUGUGCCCUCAAGCUCAAGAAGGCGCGUGCGGGAGGACUCCGAUGCAGAGGACGACGUUCCACUCAUCCGGUGGAGGACAAGUACUGGCUUGCAGCCCGCCCUUGCUGCCGUUGUGUGACCUGCCAGCGUGCCCCAAGCGCCAGUUCGCGAGGUUGCUGAGGCCGCACCAGCCUCGUCGGUAUGCAGAACUUUGUGCCCCCUGUAGACCGGCUGCGUGCAAAGGGGCACGUUUAGCAGCAUGGAGGACAUGCUGUUUUAAUAAAGCUAAUGGAUGUGUUCAGCUACACUAUCGCACUCUUCGAGUGGAGAAGGACACUAGCAUCCAGGCUGCAAAGGAGGAGCUCAGCCAUGCAGAGGAACGAGCUAGGAAGGCAGAGUCAGAGAGAGAGAAGACCCUGCAUGAGCUGAGUGCCUUGAGAGAAAGGGCGUUCAAAGCCGACCAGCACGUCGCCCGAGCAGAAGCGUCCCUGGAGAGCACCAAGAGGCUUCACCAGCGCGACAUCUGCUUUGCCCGUGCACAGGGGGCAGAGUGGCUAGUGGGAGCAGAGAUGUUCCAGGACGCCGUUGCAAUCGCCUCUGCCAACACCACCACAGACAUUUUCAACGAGGUUCAAGGGAUGGUGCUGCAAGUUCGGGCUGAUUUUCCCAUCGGCGAGCUGGCUUUCUUUGAGGGUGAGGAGAUUAACGCAGAAGGGAAGAGCCUUGCACAACCCUCUGACACCUGGGUGAGGCUGAGAUGGGAGCUCAACGAAGAGGGGCUGCCCGUGUGGCCCCCUUCUGUCAUCGAAGAGGGGGAGGACACGGAGGGGUUGCCAAGUUUUGAGGCUUGGGUGGCAAACCCCCAUGAUGUGCCUGUUGAGCCUUCCAGCACUCCCCCCUCUGCUCAGCCUCAGCCUCAGCCCGCUGCAGUCGCUGUUUCUGCUCCUUCUCCUCCAGAUCGGCCAUCUCCUGCUCGGUCAACUUCGGAGCCUAACAACGCAUCCAUCUCCAUCGACCUGACGGACGAUUAGCUUAGGAUUUUUUGCUCUCUUUUUUGUAUUUCUUUUUGUAUUUUUGUGUUAAUCAAUGAACUCAUUUACC